AUGUUGAUCGAAUUUUUCUGGGUCUUUCCUGUGAUCUCUGCAUCGACAUGGCUAACGAUGCUUUCUGCAAUGUUGACCCAUUGGGUUGCCCUUGGCGAGCCAAGAUUUGGUAGAAUGAAACCUGGACAGACUAUACCGUUUAUCUCUGACAUUGGCGCGCGAGAGCUGAAACCAUUGUUCAUGGCUGGAAGCAUCAUCACGAUGCUAUUCAUGAACAUCUCAUUCUACCAAUUUUUACACCACAAGGAACAUGUCAACAAGAUAUGCAUGUACCUUUCAUUCCUUUUUGCUAUCUUUGGGAGCUUCGGACUCGUAAUGCUGUCUGUCUUUGACAACCUCGAUCAUUUGAUAUUACACGACAGUUUUGUCGCUGUCUUCAUGACGGGCUACAUGAUCAGUGCAGCUGUGAUAUGCAUCGACUAUUUUUAUUUGGGCAAAUCCAAUCGCGUGAAUAAACGUAUGCUCAUGGCGAGUUUUAUGAUCAAGGUUUCUUUUGUCAUCGUGGAGCUGGCCUUCAUUCUGGCAUUUCGCAUUACUGCUGGGCAAGGCACUAUUGCGAAGAACACGGCAGCUAUUCUCGAAUGGGUUAUUGCGUUUACCUUCACUGGCUAUAUACUUUCCUUUAUCAUCGAUUUGCUACCGUCAGGACAAAAAGAGUCGAGCUCGAAACACGAAUAUCAACAGCUGGAGAUGGAUAUGAGGAACUCGAGGCUGAUGAUUUGA